GACAGUUGACAGUUAGUGUGGUGAAAUUGUAUUAUUCAUGAAGCGUCUGUUUUCGUCGUUUCGAAUUUUUAAUCAAAAUCCUGUUAAAUACCGGCCAAGUAAACAUUGUUUGCAAGUAUAAUUAAAACAAUAAUAUUGCUUUUGAUUUUGUGCCAUCAAAUACGUACCUACCAUGUCGAGUACAUCGCAAAAGCACAGGAACUUCGUCGCUGAACCUAUGGGUGAAAAACCUGUAACGGAUCUCGCCGGAGUUGGUGAAGUCCUUGGAAAAAAGUUGGAAACUGCAGGAUUUGACAAGGCCUAUGUGGUGCUGGGUCAAUUUUUGGUUUUGAAGAAGGACCGAGAGCUAUUCCAAGAAUGGAUGAAGGAAACUUGUUCUGCAAACUCAAAACAGUCCGGAGAUUGUUUUCAGUGUUUGAAAGACUGGUGUGAUGAAUUUUUGUAAACAGUUUUUUAUAUAUAUUGUAACUGUAAAUAAGUGUAAUAAGUACAUAAGUCGGAAUUUGGUAUUUUAUGCACAUACUUUUCUACUUCACAUAUUUUCAUUUAAUUUGUAAAACAAUGUUUGAAAUAUAAUUAAUGGAUUGCUUAUUUAUCAAGCUGAUAAAACAUAAUUAUUAAACUGGAUAUUUCCAUAUCAAAACA